AUGAGCAUUGUACCUCGUCGUAGCUAUGAGCGUGGAGGCGGCGACCACGGCUGGCUCAAGGCAUUCCACACCUUUAACGUUGGAGCGUUCACGGAUGGCAAGCACGACGGUUUUGGGUGCAUUCGAGUGAUGAACGAAGACCGUUUCGAUGCUGGGACGGGCUUUGGCUUGCAUCCUCAUCGUGAGUUCGAGAUAUUCACAUACAUCAUCUCGGGACAAAUAUUGCAUGAGGAUUCAAUGAGCAAUCGCGAGUUUCUCAAACGCGGUGACAUUCAGUUGACCUCUGCGGGCACUGGGAUUCGGCAUAGCGAGAAGAGCCACGGAUCCGAACAAGGUCACAUCUUCCAGAUCUGGAGCAUCCCGUCAAAGAGCGGGCUCACUCCGCAAUACUACACCCGUCAUUUCGAGGAAGAGGAAAAGCGCGACAAGUGGUGUUUGGUCGUCGCACCGGCCGAUGCCCCGGGUGUAACUGAAGCACGCGAGGCGUCGAGCACGCCUGCGCCCGUGCAUUCACCCCUCUCGCUCCACGCGGCCGUCAUGUCUCCCAGCAAGUCUCUCCCACACACAUUCCCCGCCGCUGGUCGCGACCCCGUACGUAAAGUCUACCUUCAGAUCGCACAGACCUCCGGGUACAAUCCUUCGAAGGAGAGGAGAGGUGCACACAUCAAGGUCUCAGUUGGCGAUGUGAGUGAGGAGUUAUGGGAAGGUGAUGGUGCAUACAUCAUUGGUGAACCAGGCAAGGAGCUUGUUGUGGAGAAUGUCAGUGAGUUGACAGCAGAAGUACUCUUAUUCGAUGUCGAGUGA